AUGCCCCAGACAACCUCUGACCCACUGCUUCGUAGGCUUGGCCAAAAUGGGCCUCGGGUUCCUGCUGUAGGUCUUGGUCUCAUGGGCGUGAGUAUGGGAUACGGGCCCAUUGACUCCGACGAGCAACGGUUGAAGUUGCUUGACCGGGCAUGGGAGCUCGGCUGUACAAGUUGGGAUACCGCCGAUGUCUAUGGUGACAGCGAGACUCUGAUCGGGAAGUGGUUCAAGCUUCACCCUGAGCGGCGCAAAGAUAUUUUUCUUGCGACUAAGUUCGGGUUGAAAGAAGAGCCAUCUGGUGAAUUGACAAUUGACUCUUCCCCUGAGAACUGCAAGAAAUGUAUCAAAGAGAGCCUGAGGCGAUUAGGCGUGGAGUUCGUCGAUUUGUAUUACCUACAUCGCCCUACUGUUGAGAUACCCAUCGAAAAAAGCGUCGAAGCGAUGAAAGAUUUGGUUCAACAAGGACUGGUAAAGUACAUAGGGCUUUCAGAAGUGUCUUCGUCAACUCUCCGCCGUGCGCAUGCGGUUUUCCCCAUCUCUGCAGUCCAGGUGGAAUACAGCCCCUGGACAAUGGACAUCGAAGGCCCUUCAGGAACAUUUCUUCUCAAGACGUGCGAGGAACUCGAAGUCAGCGUCUUCGCUUUCUGUCCACUGGGUUCGGGAAUAAUGACUGGCCGAUACCGUUCGGUCGCCGACUUUGGUGCUGAUGACCUCCGCCCUUCGUUGCCUCGCUACCAGGAGGAAAAUCUUCGAAAGAACCUCGAGCUUGUGGAUAAGUUCGGCGAAAUCGCGAAUAAGGCAGGUCAUAAGCCAAGCCAGAUGGCGCUGGCGUGGCUUUUGGCGCAGAGCAACAACGUCUUUGUCAUUCCAGGAACGAAAAAGGUUCCAUACUUGGAGGAGAACUGGGGUGCGGCUUAUGUGGAAUUGGCGGCAGAAGAAAACCAGCAGAUCAGACGAUUGGUGACUGAAUCUAGCAUGAGUGGCGAGAGAGAUAAGGAACUGGGGCAUUAUCUUGAUACAGCCCCUCUCUAA